AUGCAACAAAUACUACCGAGCGGCGGACAGGUCGCCGCUGUUCCCUACAACUACCCUCACGAUGCGUCCCUCGCUCCCAACACCACGGCCCUCGUCAUCAUUGACAUGCAACGGGACUUCUGCGAGAUUGGUGGCUAUUUCGACUGUCAAGGCUAUGAUGUAGCCCCAGCCCGAGCUAUCAUAUCAAUCAUUCAAACCCUCCUUUCCGCCGCCCGUCAAGCAUCCAUUCCCAUUUACUUUACCCGGGAAGGCCAUAGACCCGAUCUCUCCACGCUGUCGAGUCGAGAACGAUUUCGGUCCCGAAACAAUCCACGUCGUUUAGGCAUUGGUGAUACAGGACCUUUAGGAAGAUUUCUCGUUCGUGGCGAGCCUGGACAUGAUAUCAUUCCAGAAUUGAAACCACUUCCCACAGAGCUUAUCAUCGACAAACCUGGCAGAGGGGCGUUUGCUCACACUGAUUUCGAGCAUCUUCUGCGACUUCGUGGGAUGAAGAACUUGAUCCUUGCCGGAGUAACAACGGAUGUCUGCGUCUCCUCCACCAUGAGGGAGGCCAACGAUCGUGGAUUUGACUGUCUGAUACUCGAAGACGCCACAGCAGCUGCAACCCCAGACUUGCACCACUUUGCCUUAGAAUCCGUCAAAAUGGAAGGCGGAAUCUUCGGUGCCGUCACGAAAUCUAGCAAAUUGGUUGAAGCUCUCAAUCAUGGCGUGUGA